GCAGGGCCGCCCAUGAACGUGAGGGUGAAGGAGGUGUGGGGCACCAAUGCGCUGGUGGAGUGGCAGCCGCCCCGGGAUGACGGCAACAGCGAGGUCACAGGGUAUUUCGUCCAGAAAGCCGACAAGAAGACUAUGGAGUGGUUCAAUGUCUAUGAGCACAAUCGGCCCACUUCCUGUACCGUGUCUGAACUCAUUGUGGGCAAUGAAUACUAUUUCCGUGUCUUCUCUGAGAACAUCUGUGGGCUCAGUGACACACCUGGUGUCUCCAAGAACACCGCCCACAUCCUCAAGACAGGAAUCACCUUCAAGUCACCUGAGUACAAGGAACAUGACUUCCGGAUGGCCCCCAAGUUCCUGACGCCUCUAAUGGACCGUGUGGUUGUGGCUGGGUACGCCGCCGCACUCAACUGCGCCGUGAGAGGCCACCCAAAGCCAAAGGUGUCCUGGAUGAAAAACAAGAUGGAGAUUCGCGAAGACCCCAAGUUCCUGAUGACCAACUACCAGGGCGUCCUGACGCUCAACAUCCGUCGGCUCUCGCCCUUCGACGCCGGCACCUACACCUGCCGGGCCGUCAACGAGCUGGGCGAGGCUCUGGCCGAGUGCAAGCUGGACGUCCGAGUGCCUCAGUGAGAUGUCGCCUCCUGCCUGCUGAGAGCCCCCGAGGCCCAGCCUCCAUCCCAGACCUCCCCUUUCUGAGUGAUCGCCGAGAACAAAGUGUCUG